AUGGGAAGGCAGUUGCAACGACCAUCCUUCAUGUCACCACUACCGUCUACCCUUCCACCACAUUGGCACCAGUCCCAACUGCGACCUCCCACAGACUAUGUUUCGACUGCUUUGUAUCACCACAAUAUCCAUCGCGCCAAUCACUCUGUUCCUCUCCUCAAGUGGGACACAAAGCUUGUUGCAUCCGCUCAAGUUCUUGCUGCAACAUGCAAGUGGGGUCACAGCAUGAACAUUAAUGGCGGUGGAUAUGGACAAAACAUCGCUGCAUACGGUUCCACCAAUGCUAAGGCUCUUGGUGCCAACAAGGAGAUGGCUGUCGCUGCCACAAACAUGUGGUACAACGGAGAACAACCAACCUACCUUCCUUCUUACUACGGUAAGAACAACCCAGAUUUGACCACCUUUGAAGAUUGGGGUCAUUUCACUCAGAUGGUUUGGCUUGGUACCAAUUCUGUUGGUUGUGCAACCCAACUUUGUCAACCGAUGGACAUUUGGCCAAGUAUGCCAGCUUGGUAUACUGUCUGCAAUUAUUCUCCACCAGGAAAUAUGGGCGGUCAAUAUGGCGUCAAUGUCUUCCCGCCCCUUCGCCAUCCCUCCGUCAACGUUAUCAACGCUUAA